GUUGAACUGCAUAGAUAGGGAGAAAAUACAGAGCAUGCAUAUUCAACAGGCUCUGCGUCUUGUUAUUCAUUAUCAUAAACUGUGUUGUCGAAGACUGGCACACAGGAUGAGUAUGAAUGACUUUGCUGUUCUCAGCACUGGACGAAAGAUGCCCCUUGUGGGACUUGGGACAUGGAAGAGUGAACCUGGAAAGGUAAAACAGGCAGUUAUUUGGGCAUUGCAAUCUGGCUAUCGGCACAUUGACUGUGCUCCCAUUUACACAAACGAGCCAGAGAUCGGUGAAGCUUUCCAAGAAAUGCUGGGGCCUGACAAAGCUGUCAGGCGAGAGGAUGUAUUUGUGACCUCCAAACUGUGGAACACUAAACACCACCCAGAUGAUGUGGAGCCAUCUCUGUUAAGAACCUUGAAAGAUCUAAACCUGGAGUACCUGGACCUCUACCUCAUCCAUUGGCCAUAUGCCUUCCAACGAGGUGAUAACUCUUUUCCUAGAAAGGAGGAUGGAACCAUACUGUAUGACAACAUAGACUACAAGCAGACAUGGGCUGCUAUGGAAAAGCUUGUGGGGAAGGGCCUUGUCAGAGCUAUUGGUCUCUCUAACUUCAACAGCAGACAGAUUGAUGACGUCUUAUCAAUUGCAAACGUCAAACCUACUGUUUUGCAGGUGGAGUGUCAUCCAUACCUUGCACAGGUUAAGCUGCUAGCUCACUGCCGGGAUAGGGGUUUGGUGAUGACUGCCUACAGUCCACUAGGAUCUCCUGAUCGAACCUGGAAGCAUCCAGAGGAGCCUGUACUGUUGGAGGAGCCAGCCAUUGCUGCACUAGCUAAGAAGUACAACAAGACUCCUGCACAAAUUAUCAUUAGAUGGCAAACUCAGCGAGGAGUAGUGACUAUCCCAAAGAGCAUUACAGAGUCUCGGAUUAAAGAGAAUAUUGAGGUGUUUGAUUUCACUCUUGAACCUGAGGAACUUAGUGAAGUGACAGCAUUAAAAAGAGGCUGGCGUUACAUUGUGCCAUCAAUAACUGUUGAUGGUAAGUCUGUACCCAGGGAUGCAGGACAUCCUCACUACCCUUUUAAUGACCCCUAUUAAUUCAUAAUUGUGCAAAAUGAUGUGCCUUGAAAGAUGUUGAUUCACACAUCUGUAUAAUUACAAAUACAAUAAAAACAUUUUAUUA